GUUGUAGAUGGCAGCACACCAUCAACCAUCACGUGAAUUUUCAUGGCGGUGUCGUAGGGCUAGUCCCGUUUCGUCUUGUGAUUUCACCAAAAAAUUGCUGUUUCGAAAAAUUAUUGUUAAACAGCAUUGAAUUUUAAGUACCGGUGAUCAAGAUGAGUGAAUUUUGGCUGAUUAGUGCCCCCGGCGACAAGACCUGCCAACAGACCUGGGAUACCCUGAACAAUGCCACAAAAUCUGGCAAUCUGAGUGUCAACUACAAAUUCCCUAUACCUGACCUGAAGGUCGGUACACUGGAUCAGUUGGUUGGGUUGUCAGAUGACUUGGGCAAGCUCGACGCAUUCGUCGAAACUGUUACCAGGAAAGUCGCUCAGUACCUCGGCGAGGUACUCGAAGAUCAACGCGACAAACUCCAUGAGAACCUAAUGGCAAACAACAGCGACCUGCCCACCUACUUGACUCGUUUCCAAUGGGACAUGGCGAAGUAUCCUAUCAAACAGAGCCUCCGCAACAUCGCCGAUAUUAUCAGUAAACAGGUGGGACAGAUCGAUGCAGAUUUAAAGGUGAAAUCAUCAGCCUACAACGCUCUCAAGGGUAACCUACAGAAUUUAGAGAAGAAACAGACCGGAAGUCUGCUGACACGCAACUUGGCCGAUUUGGUCAAAAAGGAACAUUUUAUUUUGGACAGCGAAUAUUUGACCACUUUGCUCGUCAUCGUACCCAAGUCGCUGUUCAACGACUGGAACGCCAACUACGAGAAGAUAACCAAUAUGAUCGUGCCUCGCUCCACGCAGCUCAUCCAUCAAGAUAACGACUACGGACUGUUCAGCGUCACUCUGUUCAAGAAGGUGGUAGACGAGUUCAAGCUGCACGCCCGUGAACGCAAGUUCAUAGUUCGCGAGUUCUCUUACAACGAGGCCGAUCUCGCCGCCGGCAAAAACGAGAUCACUAAACUCGUUACUGACAAGAAGAAGCAAUUUGGUCCGCUGGUGCGAUGGUUAAAAGUUAACUUCUCUGAGUGUUUCUGCGCUUGGAUACACGUGAAGGCUCUUAGAGUGUUCGUCGAGUCGGUUCUAAGAUACGGGCUCCCGGUGAACUUCCAGGCGGUCGUGCUGCGGCCGGCCCGCAAGAGCGUCAAGAAGCUGCGCGAGGUGCUGCAGCAGCUGUACGCGCACCUCGACCACUCCGCGCAGACGCACGGCCAGAACGCGCAGGACACUGCAGAGUUAGCCGGUCUCGGUUUCGGUCAGUCUGAAUAUUUCCCGUACGUGUUCUACAAGAUCAAUAUCGACAUGGUGGAAAAAGCCUAAAAUAUUGACAGCAUAACGUUUAUUUAUAGGUAAUAUUGUCAUGCGAGCUGCUGUAUGUUUGUCCGAAUAUGAGUUAGCAAGCAAUAGUUACAAUUUAUCCUAAAAAUUUAAAUAAAACUUUGGUUCUAUAUAAAUCAAGAUGAUGAUAUUUCUACACUUAUAUUUUUUUUCUGUACAGAUAAUUAAUUUUUGUGUGUUACAAUAAAUGCAUGUCUAUGCUAUACUAUUUAUAUAUUUAACUAAAAAAAUAAGUAAUUAUUUAUGAUGCCGUUGUAGUAAAAAAAAAGAGCUUUGCCGUGCAUUCCGUGUGACGGAAAAUGAAAUAUUUUCGUAAACGCAACAAUAUUAUUUUUCAGUAUUAAAGUUGCGUUGUUAUAGAGUAGCCUUAUCUUUUUUUGCGACACUGUAUAAAAUGAAUUGUUCAGUAAAUUAUAUUGGAGUUUAUGAAAAUACUAUGUAAAUAAGAACAUUCCUCAUUAUAACUUGUGUAGUACAUAAUAAAAUAUUAUUCAAGUUACUGUU